UAUAGUACGUACUUUGGCGGUCUUCUUGGGCAAGAGGACCGACUGAAUAUUGGGGAGCACACCUCCUUGCGCGAUGGUUACCCCGCUCAUCAGUACAGUAUAGUACGUACGUGUACGUGCAACUCCUCAGAUACGUGCGACGACUGUCGGAGGCAAUGUCCGUGGAGUAUCGGAAGAAAAAACCCACAAAAUCUGGAAAGACAGCUAGGGAAUAUCCCUUCUAAUCAUUUUAGUACAUGUAGCUACGCCUACGUGGUAUUAUGGCAGGGGAACAGAGAGUUGUGGAAAUUCCAAGGGUGACUGAUCUGACAGCUGAUACAUUCAAUGCAGAAUAUUUCAGGAGAGGUACCCCAGUGAUCAUUACAGAUGUUGCAAGUCAUUGGCAAGCUGCUUCAUGGACCCUCCAGUCACUCAAAGAAAGAGCUGGACACAAUAAAGCUUUCAUCAGACAGAACACCAGCAAACAGAAUUACAAGAUUGGUAAAGCAUACACCAUCCGUGAAAGUACACUGGGAGAGUACAUCAGUGACUUGGAAGAAGACAACAGACGAGCCAGGAACUCUUACCUUGCUGUGCAGAACAUCAAGAGCACAUUCCCUGAGUUGGAGGCUGAUGUCCCAAUCCCAGACUACAUUGGAAAGAUCCACAUGGGACCGUACCUAUGGAUAGCUGUCAAGGGGCAUUAUGAAUAUUGCCACUUUGAUCCUGACGACGGACUGCUGGUUGUCUUGACUGGAAGGAAAAAGAUCCGAUUAUAUGGCUGUAAUCCCAUGCCACUCUACCCAAACCCAUUGGGAUCAAAAGGUCGCACAAUUCAGGCCCAGGUCAAUUGUGAUGACCCUGACCUGGAGCAGCAUCCGGCAUUUGUAGCAGCAACAUGCCAUCAAGGUGAACUUGGCCCAGGAGAAAUGUUGUACAUCCCAUCCUUCUGGUGGCAUCAGGUGACAUCUGUAGAGAUGUCCAUCUCUAUCAACUAUUUCUUUGGUGAUGCUGGAGAUAGCAACUACAUCAACAAAGCUAUGGAACUUAACAAGUGGCCUGCUUUCUCCCACUGGUUGCUAAACAUUGUUGAGCAGAACCGUAACUAUGAUACCUUUCAGCAAGUCCUAGCUCACCUGCCCAAUUCGCUAGCUUCAUUUUUGUUCAAGGAAUGGAAGGAGAGGGUGACCCGUGAGCAGGUCAACACUCUUGUUCACCUAAUCAUGGACUACCUUGGACUAGAUGAGCUCCCCACUGAUGAGGAGAGAACCAGCAAGAAUCCACCACCACUAAAGAUUAGAGGUUUACUGUGGAGGAAGUAGUUGUCAUGUAUGACAUGUAGUCAAAAAUAUACAGUCUUAAACAAAUUACUAUAAUCCUAGGGAAGACAGAAGUCUUUAAAGCUCUUGAUACAUUUGUCACAGUUAGGCUAAUUGGAUUGAAGCUGCGACUGGAAAGAAAGAUUAGACUCCAAAUAGUCCAAUGAUUACAAGUACAACUGUUCUGUGUAUACAAUUAAACAGAAAGUUUAAUUAUUGCUUCCAAUUAAUUAUCCAAGGACAAGUGUUCUACAUACACAAUUAAAAGAGAAAUUUAAAUACCACUUCCAAUUAAUCCCAAUUAAUUAUCACUUCCCAAAUUCGAGUCUCCAAGAGAAUGUUGUACCACGGAUUGACAUAGGAAUCCCAGUGGUAAAAUGCACAGCCGGUUAUCUUUCAAAUAUGAUGGAAAUAAGCUCUGAUAACAAAUAAUCUCAAAGAUUUGUGACUAUAGUGAACUACGUGUAGCUUCAAAAUCUUCAACCCUUAAACCUCAACCAAACUUCAGAGCAUCACUCUCAAUUUACAUUGUCAACUACACUUCAGAGCAUCAUUCUCAAUUUACAUUGUCGACUAUACUGAACAAUGGGUAAAAUUAACUCGGCAAUAAUCCAAAGACGUAUGUUUACAUGUAUGUGCCAAAGUUUUGAAUCAAGUUCCCAAAUCUCAAAGCCAACUUGCUGAUCAGAUUCAAUCUGAAAAUAGCAAGGAUCUCAUGUAAAUCACUUCAAAUCACAAUCAUCUAAUUUAAUAUAUGCAAAAUUAAUAAAAAAAAUACAGUUUACAGCAGUUGCAAAAUUGUGUUCUGUUGAUGUGAGGUACUGGUCCCGUUCAGCUGACGACCAAGGUGCUGUGCCUCCAUUUCACCCGGUAGAGUCAUUCACAUCACUGGUAGCAUGGUUACGAUUGUGCACCAAGCACUGACCAGUGGUGUCAGUGGUGGUGAUUUACUGUGCCGGAUUUAACAGUGCCUUCUAUUGUUGGCCUAUGAUGCAAGAUCGGUCAUCUGGAGUCUUGUUCAUGAUGACCACAAGGCUCAACAGGAAAACAUCAGGUCAGGGCGGGCCGUAGAUUUCUAGAUGUUCCUACUUGACUUGACCAAUUGAACUUGACUAAUCAAACACAAAGAAAGGGCAUUCUACUUGGGAGUCUGUACUCCUGUGCUCUGUAUUUGAAUUGUUAAAAUCUGACAGUUAUUUGCAUGGGGUGUAGAAACCUAUGGCCCUGAGAAUAAAAAGAAACAGGUUACGGACCAGAUUUUGUUCUUAUUUUUCACAUAUUCCUGGGAGUUUCUCAUGAUUCAGUAGCUAACAUUUUUGAAGUCAACUUGUAAUUUGUUUACUUGAGCCUUUUUUUUUUACAGUGUCAUGCCAUUUUGACAAGCUUUCAGGAUGACUUUGUGUGCUUCACUUCAACACGUCAAUUUAAUAUAUAAAAGAAACAAAGAUGCCAUUUGAAAAGGACUGGAAACAAUCUGCAGAUUAACUUUUAAUUCAGUUUCAUUCAAUAAUUAAAGGUUUAAAUUAGAUUUUAGUCGAAAUUGUAUUUUUGUAAGCAGUGAUCCUUGUACAGGUGUGAAUAAAUCUGAAAUCUGUGAAACCUAUUAACUUUAUACUUUUAUCACUAGCAAAAUGUUUGGUUGACCUUAAGGAUUGUGCAUGUAAUAAAGAAAAUAUGUUGAAAAGAAUGAAGUUGAUGUCAAUACA